AUGAGUCACUUUCUCCUGCACCUGACUCCUUGCCUUCUUCCAUUUCCCUUCCUUUCCCACCCUUCCUUCCUUAUCCUUCCUUCCUUCCUCAUCAUUCCUUCCUUCCUCAUCCUUCCUUCCUAUCCUAUUCUCAACAACCACUCUACCCUUUACAACACUCUUACACCAACACACAAAAUCCUUACUCAUUCCUCAUUCCUGAGAACAAUCUCAGAAAUGGUUUUCAGCCGAGCUGGGAGCGGCGCGACUGCCGUGGAAAGCUCUAAGCUUAGCAUGCGCGAGAUGUUUAAGUUAAUUACUGAGAAACUGGACCAUAUCCAGGAAACUCAAAAUUCCAUUCUGACCAAUUUUACUGAAAAGUCCUUGGCGCAAAAUCGCGAGAUCGAAGAACUCAGACGGUUGAUGCGCGAUACUGAAGAUCAGGUGAAAGCUCAGGAGCUUAAUGAACUCCGGAAAGCUUUGGGGCAUACAGAGAUUACCCCGUCCGCGGGUGGGCGUUUUAACUCAGAAGCCCUUGAGGCACCUACUAGCACUUCUCAUGGUAAGACUGGUUCGGUUCAAACUGUUGAAAAGUCAAAGCAUAAUGGUACUAUUGCCGAUACCUUUGAGACGACAUUGUCCCCAGAUCUCGAUAUACCAUAUACGGCUGUCGAUCAGGACGUUGAGAUGGCGAUGCCAGAUGUCGGUGACAGCGAUCGCGAGAACAUUGCCCCGGCUCCACCGGCGCCACUUCCUAGUUCUGAAUUGCCAGGCCCCGAAGCCACAGGUGUUCUUUCAACUACUGAGUCCAACAAGUCUAAAAAGCGACCUGUCCAAAAGAUGCGGCCUACCAGAGGCAAGUCUGGUAGAGGAAGGGGCGGCGGCAGAGCACCUGUUAGGGUGAGUGGGGGGGAUUCAAGCUCGGAUUCGGAUGAAUCCUCUUCCGACAAGUCUGUUGAAGCUCCAAAGAUAUUUCCAGGUAGAGGUGGUUUUGGGAAGGCCAGAAGAGCUGGCGCGCUACUGGGCAGUCGGGUUCAACCUCAAGCUAAGUCGCCGGCGGUAGUUGGUCCAAUUGCGGAAGAAUCGGAAUCGGAAUCGGAAUCGGACACUGAGGUGAUACCUUCUACUAGUGGGUUCGUCGCUGUUAACCAAAAGACAGCCAAGACCCCGGUGAGGAACACGGCUCCUUUGUUGGCCUCAAUUGGCCCAGGUAUGCCAAGUGCACCCCAAUCUUCCUCCGGAAAGAAAAUUCCACCACCUUCUGCGAAGGUUAUUGCUCGCGACCGCAAAUUGCCAGAAAACCUUCCUGACAAGCCGUUCCUAUUCACGGCGGACGCUAUUAAGGCGAUUACUGGCACCCGUCCGGGGAAGAUUGUAGCUCAGGUUACUAAGGAAAACGUGCUUCCCUACGAAUAUUACAUUGUAUUCACACCUGAUCUCCACUUCAAACCACCCAAAGCUAUUGGCGACACAUGUGAGCUUAUCGACCUCCACAAUUCCGAGGGCGAACUUUUAGCGUCGCGCUAUCCUGUCUUCAAGAAGGUGGAUAAGGUGCAUUUUGCCUUUUACGGCGAGUACAAGCUUGGCGGUAGAAAAAUGGUUUCUUUGUCAAUCUGGCAAAAUUCCGAUCCUGUCGUGAAGAAGAAAUGGGCCGAGAAGUUCAUACACACUGGUUGGGGCUCAAAAAUGCUCCUCGACAAAGGUCUUAGAACCCCCGGCGAGAUCCGCAACUUUACGCUUAAGGAUAUCAUGGAAUUCUUUAAUCGCGAUGAUGAUUCUAAAGCUCUCAGACUUUCUGCGACUUCCUUUGAAUUUGUCAACUUUGACCGCAAACUUUACGAUAAGAUGGUAGCUGUUGCGGAAAACUUGUUGAAUGGCGGAAUGUCUGCACCGAAUGUCGCUCGCAGUUCUCUAACCACAAGGGUUCCGAAGCAAUCCACGGCUGUUGAUGCUGUUGACGCUGUUGACGUCGACGACAAUGAUGAAUCCCCUCCUAUUACCGCGAGAAAACGUCGCAAGGUUGGUACCGAAUCCCCGGCCAUGGUCCAGGGGCCAGAUAGAGGGCGCCGCUUUCCAGGAAGAGCUCGUCGAGCUACUCAGGGAGCCCAGUACUCUGUUCUUCAUUUGAGCAAGGCUGGUGAGCAUGACUCUACUUCGCCCGUUAACAAUCAAUGGAGGGUUGAAAGCCGUAAAAAGCGUGAACCCAUCCCGGCCGAACCGUCUGCCAACAAGGACGGCGACGGCGGCGACGACGAUAACAUGGAGACUGGGGUUGACUCAGAGUAACCCUUGACUCCGCCAUUACCAAUUUCGCUUCUUUUACAUUGCUCUUUUACUUGAAUACGUUCUACUUUGCUAAAAAUUUUACUGUUCUCCUGGAAUCGAAUGGUUCCUAUUUUAAUUCCCCCUGCAAUCAUUUUCUAGAUUUUCUUUUGUUUCAUGGAUGGAAAAUAUCCUCAAUGGCAUAUGUGUGGGGGGAUGUGGUUGCUCUUACAGUGUAACGUGGAGGGAGGACAUUAAAAAGUGUUUUAGUUCAAAUGCGGAUACCAAUUGAAAAUUGCGGAUGCUAUAAUUACAAAUUUGACUGGCUGGGCAAACAAUUAAAGGAAAAUUGGUCCUGUAUGGUUAAAAUAAUUUUAGUGCAAGUAAUCAGAGGUUGUUAAAA